UUUGACUGCUGAAAAAUAGGUUCUAAAUAUACGGACACAAACAUUUUUUCUUGCAAAGAUCCAUUCGUGUUAUUACCCCUGAAAAAGCAUAAGAUUAGUCGCUUGGCUUGUGCAUACACUGGUCACUGAUAGGUACACCCAACUGGUGACUGGUAGCUAACAUGUAUAUCAAAAUAUUCAGCUGUGGCUCCAUCUAUUGUAUAUGAUCUAAGUAAAUAUGAUAUAAUUGUUAAUAUUCCAUGUAUUUUAGCGUUUAUUCCAAAUCUAGGGGAGAUUUCAUGCACAGUGUUAUCUAGCCGACACACCUGUUGUUGAUUAGAUAGUCGCGGCCAUGAUGCGGUUAUUCAUGCAUUGAAUAAAAAUCUGAAAGGGUAUUCUGUGCUUUCGAUCUGUGUAGGUAGGUACUUGUUACUCAGUUAUUAUAUUUCACGGAUUGACGUUAAGCGUGUUACUACCACAUUACGUUUAUUAAAAAUGGAUUUAGAAGCAAUAGAACUAAACAAUGAAGUCAAUGAAAGUCAGGCAGGACCGGCGUUUCCAAAAUCAGCUCAAAAGAAACCUAAGGGAUUUGUAAAACAAGAAAAGUCAAAAUUCUUUAAACAUCAAAUUAAAAAUCAUCUCAUGUAUAGAAAAGUUGGAAAAUCUAGUAGGCAUCCGAAGCAAGUACCUCAAACAAGCAAAAACACCAAAAAAACAGAUUCAACAGUACUCCUCUCUGAUGAUUUAGAUAAAGAAAAAAAAACACAGGACCUAGCAACUGAAAAUUCAAAUGAACAUAAUGAGUUUAUUGAUUCAGACCUUAAUAAACCUAAAGUGAUAAUUACAUUCAGAAACGUAUAUCCUAUGAUGAGGAUUAGAUACACAGGUAAAAUUUUAAGUAGAAUUAUUCCUAAUUCUGAAAGAAUGUUUCAUCCUUUCAAUUCUACUAAAGAUAUAAUUCAAGCUGCUGAGAAUGAAGGAUAUAAAUAUUUGAUGAUAUUAGUGGAAGAAAGUGAUCCUUAUGGUCUAAUUAUUGUAGAAUUACCUGCCAGAACAGCAACAGAUUUCUACAUAAAUAGUGUUACAUUUCCAAAAAAAAGUCAGCUCAAAGAUUUUUCUAACAUUAGGCCAGAAGUAAACAUUUCAAAUUUUAUAACAAAAUCAGAUGAAGUUUUAGCACGUAUGCUAGGAGCAUUGUUUCAGCAAGAUGCAGAAUAUAAAAGCAAACGUGUUGUCGCAAUACAUAAACGGAGAGAUACUGUAAUUUUCCGGAAUUACAAAUGUGAGAUUUUGAAUGAUAAACCAUUUAUCAGAGACUUAGGACCUAAGUUAAUAUUGCAACCAGUACUCUGAUAGAUUUUUGCUUUUAACUGUCUUAACAUUUUUAUAUCAUUCUAAUAUUUUUCACAUCAUUAUAAAAUUAGGUAGGUAUAAAACCAUGGCAAAGAUGAAACUCAUUUUUUAUAGUUUUACAGAGACUGUAGACUGUAGUUUUACUUGAAUACAUUUUUUUUAUCAAAACUUUUCAAUUUGACUAUUUAAAAAAAUUUUAAAAUGUAAUUGAUAUU